AUGGAGGGAAAGAAAAAACAGCACUCAAAGGGAGAGCUGGAGUGCACCGACGGCUCACGGCGAAAUAGCGGAUUUGUUCCGGGCGUGGGCAAGGCGUUGGGCGUGAGCGACAGCUCCAAAAACACGAAAUCGCCGUCUUGGACGUCGUCGAUUUCGACAAUAACAGAAGAGCUGCCGGCGCCUAAGGUGUCGGAAGCAAUGACAAGGGUGCCUUCAGCCGCCAGUGCGGUUUCAUACCCAUAUUGCUCGUCUGUGCCGGAAGAGCCCGGUGCCAAGCCCUGCCCGACGCGCGCGCGUUGGUGGAACACGCUCCCGAAAAUUGGCGAGACAGUUCACAGCCAUAAGCAUUCUCUGAAUGCAGUGGUCUUGAAUGUGAACGGGACGCCGCGCGAGAUAAUUUACGACCCACGCUACAACCCGCUUUUUUCAAAACUCGAAAUAUUUUACAUGUUUAAUGCGCAAACGCCGCUGUCGGACUGCUAUACCUACGCGAAAACUCGGCUUGCAUCAUUUGUGAAGUUCCUGGAAGUCUAUCACUCUUCUAGACAAUAUGCAUCGGCGUGUCUUCCCUUCAACGUUAGCGUAGCCGCGAACGCUACUGCCGGUGGCUACCCUUCUUACACUGCCGGUGUUGACUAUCAUGAGAUUGGCGAAAUAGUGCAGCUGUGGUAUCUGCAGUCUCUCGAGUUCAUGAUAGACAACAACUCGUUUUUGUUUUCAAACGAGAUAGUGGACUACUUGGUGAACUACGAGCCUCAAAAGAAUGCGAGCAUAAAAAGAGAAUUGUCUUGCUCCGGACCUCCUCCCAGUGCUUUGCAGGAAACGAUCAUUAGAGCCGAUAUUUUACUGAUACGAUGCACCUUUGAGGAAGAGCUGGGCUGGCAGCUGGCCCUAGACGAGCCGAAUUGGAACAUUGUUGAUCUGUUCGUCGAUCUCUCCUUUCUGGGCAGACUGACUACAGAAGAUGAGGGGGAGGAUAGCAGCGGAAACGCAACGUCGACCACCGCUGAUGUGGAUGGGGACACCACAUUAUCACCGCCUUCAUCGGCUUCGUCCUCUCCUGCAACGUCAGCGACAACGUCGUCCUCUGACGUUUCAUAUGGAAAAGUCUCGGAAAGCGUAAUGCGAGAGCCUGUGAGGUCGGGGAACGACAUUUUUGUCGACCCGCAAACCGAUGUUCCAGAAACCAGCAGUGCAAGAGCAUGUCAUGUUAUUGUUCAAGACUGCGUUGGUCGCGACCUUGACAAACUCGCAGCCGAGAUGAGGGCCAAGGGCAUUAAUGAGACCUGCAGGCCAAGCAUAUCUCAAAACUCAAGCCAAGAGAGUUUUUCUUCCCAAAAACAAGGCCAAAGUGGCAAAAAAGACCAAUCCACGAAGUCAGCUAAAAGUUCUACAGGGUUAGGAAUUAGCAACUUCUUUAGGCGUAAAAACUCACACGCAAGCGGUGACAAGGGCGAUAACCCACUAUCAUCGAAGCGUGCACCACAAAGUGAUUCUGUCAAAAUGAACUUGACUAUUCAAAAUAGUUACUUGGAUGACUACUACGCAUCGACUCUUGCGAAUUUCAGAAAACUGGUCCUUCCUUCUCACUGUAUGUUUACCCGAAGGGAGGCUCCCAAACCUUUCAAAAGAGAAAACGGUGCCUCCAAGAAGCAGGAGGCAAACUCUUACCAAAAAGAGUUUUUACAAAUCAAGAUACCCUUGAAAGAUGAAUCUUUUCCCGUUAUAAUAUGCCCUGAUGUUUGGUUUUCAUUGGAAUUUAAAAAAUGGAAAGGACUCAUCAACGAACUUUUCCGAUGCAUACGUCCUGGAGGUUUUCUGGAAACGUCUGCUUGCAAUCUCACGAAUGUUAACGAUGGUUACGAUAUUGAAAAGAGCUCAAAAGAAUUUCCUACGUUGCUAGAAAUGAAAGCCCUAAAUGACGUGAUAUCUAUGGAAGCUGUAAAGGCAGGUCUUCAGGUGUUUCCUAUGAGACACUUAGUUGGAGCGUUGAAAGCUGCAGGCUUUGUUAACAUUAAGCAUUCAGUUUUUAGCUUAAAAAGAGGCGAUUUACGGCACAAUAUGGGGUUUCUAUUCGAAUUUUUGGCGAUUCGUAACUACGAUUACCAACUUAGAAACGAUCUUUUGAGUUCAGAGGUCAAACCUCCAGGCACAAACCCAGCCAGUUUUCCACUGCGCUACGUAGAAGAACACAUGGGCAAAGCAGAUGAAGAUGCUGGAGUUGUCCGUCUUGUUCUGAUAACAGCUCAAAAGCCUUAA